AUGGGCAAAAAGAAUUCAUCUAGUGGGCCUGUGGCAGGCUCCUCAAAUCGCGGUCACAGACAUCCCAGGGGCUCUGGCCGUCCUGCAGGAAGAGGAUUUACUGGGCACAAAGGACGCGGACGGGACUAUGCAGGUGCAGGCUCAGUGGAUAUACCUGGAGUCUCAGAUCGCCCUGAGAGUGCAGUUGACGACGUUGAAGACGGCUCCGAAGAAGAAUCGGGCGAUGACGAAGAGGAAUUGGAUGUUAAAAUUGAAGUUCCCGUCGCCAUGUGGGAUUUUGACCAUUGUGAUCCUCGUCGUUGCUCCGGCAAGAAAUUGUCGCGACUUGGGCUCAUUAAAGAAUUGCGAGUAGGUUCUCGGUUCAGGGGUAUUGUAGUGUCACCAAAGGGUCAGCAAAUCAUAAAUCCUUCUGAUCGCGAGAUUGUUCUCUCGGGAGGUUUGGCUGUUGUGGAAUGCUCUUGGGCACGCCUCGACGACGUUCCCUUCAACAAAAUUGCUAGUCCUCACGAACGCCUGCUUCCAUAUCUCAUUGCGACAAACCCUACCAAUUACGGCAAACCUUGGAGGUUGAACUGCGUUGAAGCACUUGCAGCCGCCUUUUACAUCACAGGCUUUGAUACAUAUGCUGAGAAACUGCUCAGUUCAUUUGGUUGGGGGGGAUCAUUUUACGAUGUGAAUCGAUCCUUUUUCGAAAAAUACAGAAAAUGCACAUCAUCAGAUGACAUCCAAACGACGCAGGACAAGAUAAUUGAAGAGCUUGAGAAAAGCUGGAACGAAUCGCGAAAAAAUAAAGAAGGCGCACGCGGGCUGGAAUCAGAAGAUCUCCUCGUGGCCAACCCUAAUCAUGGCAUCGUACUGAGUGAUGAUUCUGGUGGAGAAGAGGAAACAGUCGAAGAUUUUAAUGAUCGAAUCGGUCACUCCCCACCCACAGGACAAGAUAAUCGAAGAGCUUGA